AAAGAAUGCAUUUGUCAUCCAUUCGUAGUCUAAGGAGACAUCAACAAGAGCACAUUCCACUGGCAGCCUUUGAGGGCCCGCGAUCAUUCUCGAACAUGAAUGAGCUGAGGGAGCCGCGUGUCAAGCACAGCGACAAUGGCCUGUUUAAGUGCCAAGAAUGCAAUGCAGUAUUCAUCGACAUCCUUUUUCUGCAGAUCCACAGUAAAGAGCAUGCUGGUGAGCAAGGGCAACUGGAGCGUAGCCGAGGAGCCACACUCUUUAGGGCUAAGAAACAGGUCGACUCCGACUCGAAGAAGAGUGUUUUAGAAAUGUUUUCCUGCCAUGACGCUAAUAGUCGCUCAAAGAGUCCAACAAUGCUAAAGAAGAUGAAGCUCACCAACCCCGACCCUGCUAUAUCAAGCCCCACAAAGAAGAGCUGCAUGACCCAAUCCUUGCCAAUAAAACAGGAAAAUACAUGCCAGCAGUGCGGUAAGAAAUUUACCUAUAAACAAGCCCUGACUAGGCACAUGCGUGUUCACACUGGCGAGCGUCCUUUCGAAUGCACGUAUUGCGAGAAGAAAUAUUCGCGCAAGGCUCAGCUAGAUGAGCACACUGCUACCCACACUGGCGACCGUCCUUUCAAGUGCUUGGUUUGCGAGAAGAAAUUUAUUCGCAAGAUACACCUAGCCGAGCACACUCGUAUUCACACUGGCGACCGUCCUUACGAGUGCUUGACUUGCGGCCAGACUUUUCCGCGCAAGUAUACCCUGCUUAAGCACAAUCGUAUCCACACUGGUGAUCACCCUUCCGAUUGCCCCAAGAAAAAGGAAAAAAGCUUUGACGAAAGUUAUAAACUGGAGAUACACGAAAGAUAGGCGUCGUGUCCAUUAUGGAUGAAAUCGCUUGAAGCAUUUUUUCAUUGACAUGACUUUUCUUUAACUAAAUAUUUUUAAAACUAGGUUAGGUUAGGUUAUGAUCGUCUUCAUUUUAAAUUUGAAUAUUUCUGUACAUCUUGAUUAGUGCUUCCCUGCAUUAUUUAUUUCAAUAGAUUGCGUUUAUAUCCUUGUCAUACUUUCACAUUCAAACUCAGGCGCGCAGCUCGACCACUAACCAUACAGUAUACCAUCCAGUCGAUAGUAUCGAAUGCCUGUGCUUUUCUCUCUAUAUGUGGGAUUUGCUCUCUUGUUAUUGCUGGGAUAUAAACGUACUAUCUAUGGAGGAGCGAGCGCACCAAAUAAAGUAAGAACAAUGUGGAGAAAUAA